GUUGUGAAGGAUGUCGGUAAACUAUUAGGAGUGGAUAUUACUGAAAAUGACAUUUCAGUAAGUCAUCGAAUGCCUCAAAGUCAAAAACACAAAGGCAAGCCUGGACCGCCAGCUAUCAUAGUUAAAUUUGCGAGGCGUGAUGUCAAAGAUAAUUUCUACCGUGCUAGGAAGCAGCUCAAGGACUUAACAACGCGGGAUCUUGGAUAUUCCGAGAAAAACAAGAUCUAUCUUGCAGAGAGCCUGACAGAAAGGAAUCGAAUGUUAUUCAAAGAUUGUUUGAAGGUAAAGAAGGAUUUGGAGUUCAAGUUCAUUUGGACUUUAAAUGGAAAAAUCUUCAUGAGAAAAGACAAAGACUCUGCUGUUCACCAUAUUAAUAACAAAGAGGAUCUUCAUAAGAUGCAAUCUAGAUAA